AUGGACGUUCCCGGAGCCACUACCACCAGCGGCCAGACGGCGCAAGACGACCAGCAACAACCCCGAGGUACCACCACGCCAGCGGCUCAGACAGGCACAGCCGGGGCAGAAAAUGCAGAGCCGGCGGCACCCAUUUCCAAGAACGCGCUCAAGCGUCUCCGGCGCGCACAAGAAUGGGAGGACGGCCGGGAGGACCGCAAGCGACGCCGGCGAGAGAAGCGCGUGGCCAGCAAGGCCCGCCGCCGCGAGGAGCGAGCAGAGCUGCUGGCCCAGGGAGCCGACCCUGCCGUCUUGUUCGCCAAGAAGACGCCCGCGCGCCUUGUCCCCGUCUCGCUCAUUCUCGACUGCGACUUUGAGGAGUACAUGACGGACAAGGAGCGGAUUUCGCUGUCGAGCCAGGUGACGCGGUGCUACUCGGAGAACCGCAACUUCAAGUACAAGUCUCACCUUUGGGUCAGCGGGUGGCGGGGCAAGCUCAAGGAGCGGUUCGAAACGGCCAUGGAGAACCAGCACGCUCACUGGAAGGGGGUCGGCUUCGAAGAGGGCGACUUCCUGGCCGCGGCGGCGCGGGCGCGGGAGGGCAUGAGGUCCGCGGGGGGCGAGAUGAUUGACGCCUUGCAGAGGAGUGUGGGCAGGCCGGCCAGGUGGGAAAAGGACGAGAGGGAGCCGUUCCCCCUGUCCGGGCCGGUGCCCGAGCUCAACGACGAGUACGCGGAUGUGGUCUAUCUGACGUCCGAGUCGCCCUACACGCUGGAGAGGCUGGAGCCAAACACGAGUUAUGUCAUUGGCGGGCUGGUGGACAAGAACCGCGAAAAGGGACUGUGUUACAGACGCGCCGUGGAAAGGGGCAUUCGCACGGCCAGGUUGCCGAUAGGGCAGUAUAUGAAGCUGCGGACGCGGCAGAUUCUCGCUACGAACCAUGUGGUGGAGAUUAUGUUGCGGUGGCUGGAGUGCGAGGACUGGGCCGAGGCGUUUAUGCGCGUCAUUCCGAAACGAAAAGGGGUUGAGAUGAUUGCAGACGGGGAUGAGGAGAAGACGGGUAAUGGCGAUGAAGAUGGAGAUGAAGGAGAUCAGGAUGGGGACGGAGAGAAGAAUGGAGAGGACGAGGCCAAGGGCAGCAAUGGUCAAGACCCAAAGGAGAGCUGA